AUGUCAUUCUGGCCAACAGGUAUGUCCUUCUUGGAUUUAAUUGAAUCGUGGAGCAAGCGGGAUUCCAAGAAGGUAUGUCGAGGGGUCAUCUUAAUAUGGAACUUAUGGACUAGAAGAAAUGAGCUGAUUUUAAAUGGAAAGGAGAUGUACCAUGCGAUGAUCGUUGAUAGAGUUUUCCGCCUCGCUGCUGAUUGUUGCACCUAUGCGAGUAAAAUUUACGGUGGAAUCAAGAAGAACUCCUACUCUAGUCAGAAAAUUUGGAAGGUGCCUCCUGAGGGAACAGUCAAGGUAAAUUGUGAUGUGUCAUUAUGUGUGGAUGGGAGGGUUGGUUUAGGAGUUGUUGCCAGAGAUUGGAAAGGAGAUGUCCUAUUUGCAGUUACCAGUCGAACAAGAGCUCAUUGGGCCCCCAUUAUAGCCGAGGUGAACGCUACUUCCUUGGCCAUCAGACUUGCUAAACAACAUGGGCUGUCCGACAUCAUCAUUGAAGCAGAUAACCAAGUUCUCAUCAACCGUCUCUGCAAAGCCUCAAUCUUCUUCACUGACCUCGACUCUAUUAUCGACUAUAUUUUAUCUUCUUGUGUCUAUUUUUAUAAUGUUAUUUGA